AUGGAAAAGCCUUUGCUUUUGUAUAUAUUUUUAUACUACUGGCAUUUCAUAAAUGCUUUAUUCACGGUUGAAGCACCCCAGUCACUCUACAUUGUGGAACAUGGGAACAACGUGACCAUGGAAUGCACGUUUCCAGUGAAUGGCAAAUUAAAGUUUAGAGAUCUAAGUGUCAGCUGGGAAAAGAAAGAUGAAUUAAAGAAGCAGGUUUAUGCACUUCUCAAAGGAGAGGAAGACUUUAAAAGUCAGCACAGUGACUUUAGGGGAAGAAUAAAAUUGUUGAAAGAGAAUCUGAGCUUGGGACAGUCUCUCCUUCAGAUCACUGAUGUGAAGCUCAGAGAUGCAGGGUUUUACCGCUGUCUUAUUGGCUACGGGGGAGCCGACUACAAGACGAUCAGUCUGAAAGUUAAGGCUCCUUAUAGAACUAUAAACCAAGGAGUGGUGAGCACAGGAGACAACAAAUGGAAGUUGACAUGUCAGUCAGAAGGAUACCCACAAGCUGAAGUGAUAUGGCAAAACAGAGAAUAUGAAGAUUUGACUGAUAAGGCAAACACAAGUUAUGAAACUGGAAGUGACCAACUGUAUCGUGUGACAAGUACCCUUACAAUCAAAAGUAGAAUUGAUGAGAUUUUUUACUGUAUAUUCUGGAAUAAAGAGCUGCAAGAAAAUACAUCUGCCAUUUUACACAUAGCAGAUUCAGCUGAUGGUGUUCUGUGGACUGAGAGCAGACGCUUUGUUGGAGCAAUUCUCGUUGUGACUGCUUUCUUUGGAUCAGUGCUUCUAUUUAUGCUCUGCAUAAGAAAAGCUAGAGCAAAUAAGGACAACAGAACACCUGUGGCUCAUUCAUCAAUAGCAAAGCUGUCAAAAGAUAAGGAUACGCAUGACUGCAGAGAUGCUUUGUUUGAAGAUGAAGAGCUGAAAUAUAUGCAAAUUGAGAAGACCUAG